CAGUAUCGUUUCUCUGUUGCCGCUGUAAAUCCGAGAUCGUACUACCUACAUUAUAGUAACUACUUUACAGGAAUGCAGUGUUGAUUCGUGUGUGCACACUGUCUAUCGUACUUCGCGCAAACAGUGUGGGACUAUGUAUUCGUUCACCGCCAACUGGUGGACAAAUGUCAUUGCGCUAUGUACAAUAACUGUUACCGUCGCCUACUACUUCAGCGUUUCGACCUUUAAGAAAUGGGAGAAGCUCAAUGUGCCGUACAUAAGGCCAAUUACACCGUUGUUUGGAAACUUUUUGAAUGUAGCUGUGGGCAAAUACCAUCCGCUGGAGUUGUACAAUAAAAUCUAUUACGAAUUAGCCGGUCACAGGUACGGAGGACUGUUCCAGAUGAGGACGCCCUACUUAAUGAUUCGUGAUCCAGAAAUAAUUAACGACGUGCUAAUAAAAGGAUUCUCCUCAUUCCCCGACCGCGGUCUUUACUCGGACUUUUCGGUAAAUCCGUUGUCGAACAACUUGUUCUUCAUGGAAAACCCUCAGUGGAAAACAAUAAGAAACAAAUUGUCACCUGCGUUCACAUCGGGAAAACUCAAGAUAAUGUAUGAUCAGAUCAAAGAGUGUAGUCAAAUAUUAAUGGAAAAUAUCGAUAAAGAAUUAAAGGAAAACAACGACCAAAUAGAAAUAAGAGACAUUAUGGGAAAGUAUUCGACCGACGUUAUCGGUACUUGUGCUUUCGGGCUCAAGUUAAACGCCAUAAACGAUGAUGAAUCCGAAUUUCGCAAAUACGGAAAAUCGAUAUUUACACCAUCGCUUAGAGCACUGUUCAGAGAAUUGUGUUUGUUGAUCAGCCCUGCACUUUUGAAGGUCAUAAGAGUGAAAGACUUUCCGACGGACGCCACUGAUUUUUUCCACAAAGCGUUUAAAGAAACGAUAGCGUAUAGACUAGAAAAUAAAAUUGUCAGAAACGAUUUCGUUCAUUAUUUACUGCAAGCAAGAAACGAUUUAGUUUUGAAUGAAAAUUUGCCCAAACAUGAAAAAUUUACGGAAUCACAAAUCGUAGCAAAUGCUUUUGUAAUGUUUGCUGCUGGGUUUGAAACUGUAUCCACUGCUGUAAGUUUUUGUUUACAUGAAUUAUCGUUAAAUAAAUCUAUUCAAGACAGAGUACGUCAAGAGAUUCAACUAAAACUGUCUCAAAAUGACAGACAAAUUGACCACGCGUUUUUGAUGGAACUUAAUUACUUGGAUAUGGUUAUAGCAGAAACACUCCGUAAGUAUCCCGCACUGGUCGCUUUGUUCAGAAAAGCAUCACAAACAUAUCAAAUACCCAAUGAUUCAUUAAAAAUUGAAAAGGGUCAAAAAAUAAUAAUUCCUGUUUAUGCAUUGCAUUACGAUAGUAAGUAUUAUACGGACCCUGAAAAGUUUAUUCCUGAAAGAUUUUCGCCGGAAGAAAAAGCUAAACGUCCAAGUGGUAUUUAUUAUCCAUUUGGCGAUGGACCUCGAAUGUGUAUAGGAAAACGUUUUGCUGAGAUGGAAAUGAAAUUGGCUUUUGUCGAAAUUUUAACAAAAUUUGAAGUAUUCCCAUGUGAAAAAACAAAAACUCCACUAAGAUAUUCUAAUAAAGUUUUGUGCAAAGACCAUGCGUUGGAAUUUUACAAUAAAAUCUAUUACGAGUUCACCGGUCACAGAUACGGAGGGCUGUACCAGAUGCGGACGCCUUAUUUAAUGAUUCGCGAUCCACAGCUGAUCAACGACGUGUUAAUAAAAGACUUCUCGUACUUCACCGAUCGUGGUGCCUAUUCGGAUUUCAAAAAACAUUACGAAUGUAUCCUUCAGUUAUUGCUUUAUUUAGAAAAGCAACACAAUCAUCAAGUGCCCAACGAUUCAUUAAUAAUUGAAAUUGGUCAAAAAAUAAUAAUUCCUGUUUAUGCAUUGCAUUACGAUAGUAAGUAUUAUACGGACCCUAAAAAGUUUAUUCCUGAAAGAUUUUCGGCAGAAGAGAAAGCUAAACGGCCAACCGGUAUUUACCUUCCAUUUGGUGAUGGGCCUCGAAUGUGUAUAGGAAAACGUUUUGCAGAGAUGGAAAUGAAAUUAGCAGUUGUUGAAAUUUUGACUAAAUUUGAAGUAUUUCCAAGUAAAAAAACAGAAAUUCCUCUAAAAUAUUCUAAUAAUAUUUUUAUAUUGGUCCCCAAAAACGGGAUUUGGCUAAAAUUAAAAAAAAUUAAUUAACUAAAGCUGAUAUUU